CCGGCAGGCGCUCUGCACGUGCUCGCGGGCUGGGCCUGGACCCUUCGACAAGAACAGACUGAAGAAUUGGCACCUGGGUUGCGCUGUCCCCAGGUCUGGCCAACGUCGUCGUUCACUAAUUCAGCUUGGCGACGACGCAAAGGAGAAAGAUUCGCUUCUGGGGGGAGUGAAGAUUCCCGGGAGCAAAAGACCAUGAUAAUCACCACAUUGCAGCCGUGGAGAUCUACCAAGAUCUUUCGAGGGCGUCGCAGUCUGAAACUGGGUUGACUGUGUAGCAGCAAGCCGUUCUCCUCGGCUUCUUACGUGCCCAGAACUCGCCUUGCAGAAUGAAUCGCCCCGAAGCCUUUACCGGAAGCGCUCCGGCGCUUGAAACGGCGCCAGUCUGGUCCGGCUAGACGCACAACAGACACAAACCUUCCCGCUGAUGUUGCGCUCUGGGAUCUCGUGACGUCGCUCGCCCGGGACCGACGUCUCCUCCCUUGCCUGGGCUAACCUGCGUGGCGCGGGUGCCGGUGGGGAUCUCGAGAACUGAAGGGCUUGGUCCUCCUCUGUGUACCGCCAGACGGCCACGAUGCCCCUGGAGUGGCUCGCGGGCUGGUGCGGCUCGCUGGACAGGCUGAGGGACUUGAUCGGCAUGAGCAUCCAGUCGGUGCGGGACUGCGACGCCACCGCCCUGGGCACCGUGGCCUUCCUCCUCGCCAUGUUUGUGUGGUACUGCUACCAGGUCGGGCGAGAACAGCCCCGGCCGUACGUCAUGGGGACCUCGCUCAUCCAGGCCGGCGCCGACGCCCACGGCCUGCAGAACGGCUACACCCACUGCCACGCGCCCGAGUGCGUCCGCUGCGCCCACAGCGACGGGCUGAACCAGAAGCUCUACCACAACCUGCAGGAGUACGCCAAGCGCUACUCCUGGUCGGGCAUGGGCCGGAUCCACAAGGGCAUCCGGGAGCAGGGCCGCUACCUGAACAGCCGCCCCUCCAUCCAGAAGCCGGAGGUCUUCUUCCUGCCCGACUUGGCCACCAUGCCGUACUUCUCCCGGGACGCCCAGAAGCACGACGUGGAACUGCUGGAGCGCAACUUCCAAACCAUCGCGGGCGAGUUCGAGGCCCUCUACAAGGCCUUCUCCAACUGCAGCUUGCCGCAGGGCUGGAAGGUGAACGGCACGCCCAGUGGCGAGUGGCUGACCUUCUACCUGGUCAACCAGGGCGCCUGCGUGCCCCGGAACUGUCGGAAGUGCCCCCGGACGUACCGCUUGCUGGGCAGCCUCCGCACCUGCAUUGGCAACAACGUCUUCGGGAACGCCUGCCUCUCCGUGCUGACCCCGGGCACGGUCAUCACCGAGCACUACGGGCCGACCAACAUCCGGAUCCGGUGCCACCUGGGACUGAAGACGCCCAGCAACUGUGAACUCGUGGUGGGCGGUGAGCCCCAGUGCUGGGCCGAAGGCCGCUGCCUCCUCUUCGACGACUCCUUCCUGCACACGGCGUUCCACGGAGGUCCCCCCGAGGAAGGCCCCCGGGCCGUGUUCAUGGUGGACCUCUGGCAUCCCAAUGUGGCUGCUGCCGAACGCCAGGCCCUCGAUUUUAUCUUCGCUCCGGGACGAUGACGUGACUCCUCUUGGCGAAACAGGCUGGAGGGCAGCCCAGCAGCCUGGAGGAGGAGGAGGAAGUGGCGGCUGCUGGUGCAACCUCCUCACCGAGCUGGCGUGCCAGCCCUUGUGCAAGCACACGCACACAGAUACACCCACACAUACACACACACACAGCGUGGGGGGUCGUUCCUCAUGCUGGAUUUUUGUACAUGGCAACGUCCACCUUGCGGUCUCCUCCUUUCCAUCCUUUGCUUGGGGUUAGGUGGGGAGGGAGGGAGGGAAGGGGUGGCUGCCAUUCCCACCCACCCCCACCUCCUUUUUACUCUGUGGUUCGGCGUCAUGCCGCUGUAGUGUGCGUUCCGUCGCUAACUGUGUUUUACGGUGUCCAGAACUUAGAAAUCUAACCGCCCCAGGGGUGGUGUCGAUGAUGAAUGUAGCCGUGUCAACUUUUAUCGUGUGGUCGUCUGUAAAGACAAAGCACCCCAUCCCCCGGCCCACCCAAGGAACGCAAGUGAAAGUCGGAGUGAGUGGGAGGGGAAGAGAAGGAACAGUGUCAC